GUUGAGGCGACGCUGCCGCUGGGCGUAUUAUUUUCAUUGUUUAUUUCGUCUUUUAGUGAAAUAGUGUAUUAACUAGGCGACAAUGUCACGAAAUCCUAAGUUAGAAGAAUUCGAAAUUGAAAGAAAACCCUCUAGAUUCCAGGGGAUGCGUAGUGGCAGCGAAUUCUUUUCACGAAAGCAUUCUCAUUUUCUUGAUAAAAAUGCAUCCAGGGGAAGAUCGCUUAAGGGUUGGGGUAAACUGCUGCUGUUCUACCUGAUCUUCUACUCGUCCCUGGUGCUGUUAUUCGCCAUCUGCAUGACCACCUUCCAUCAGCAGUUCAUCAACCCUCGAGUACCAAGACUGCAGCAAGAGUACAGCAUAAUCGGCACCAGCCCAGGGCUCGGGUUCCGGCCGCUGCCCCCCGAUGUCAGGAGCACCCUCAUCUGGUACAAAGGCACCGGGUACGACAGCUACAAAUACUGGGAAGAUGAACUCAAAAAGUUCUUAUCAGUAUACAAGCAAAAGGGCCAAACCGCCGGCGCCGGUCAGAACAUCUUCGACUGUGACUGGAAUCGAUCCCCGCUCCCGGGCAAAGUGUGCGAUGUCGACAUCCGAUCCGGAUACGAACCUUGUACCGAGGAGAACCACUUCUCGUUCCACAAGAGCUCACCUUGCAUCUUCUUGAAGCUUAACAAAAUAUAUGGAUGGAGGCCAGAGUUCUACGAGCCACAUGAGUUGCCUGCAGACAUGCCUGAUGAUCUGCAGCAACAUAUCAGAGGACUGUCCAGCGCUAACAACCAUACAAACAUGAUCUGGAUCUCGUGCCAGGGCGAAACGCCCGCCGACCGCGAGAAUAUCGGGCCCGUGCAGUACCUGCCUUACAGAGGGUUCCCCGGAUAUUUCUACCCGUAUGAAAACGCUGAGGGGUAUCUUAGCCCGCUCGUCGCUUUAUACCUGAAGAGGCCUAGAACUGGCAUAGUAAUCAAUAUUGAGUGCAGAGCGUGGGCGAAAAACAUCAUCUAUAACCGGAAGGAGAGACAAGGGAUCGUCCAUUUUGAAAUUAUGAUCGAGUAGACAAUAACAGCUACUAGUACAAGUAAGAAUAGCAAAUCAAUUCGACUUUUAGAUUUAGGGAAAUAAUUAUAGUGAAACUGUAUUCUGAAAAGACCAACUUUGGUUAUAAAAGACUAAAACAAUAUGUACUUCUCUCUUAAUUAAUCUUUACAUAUGGUCUACUGAAAAGACCAUUGUUUAAACUUACGUAGAAUGUUAAAAAAUCUUGUACAAUAACUGUAAAGUUAAGUUUAUAGAAAAAAAGACCGGUCUACUCAGUAGACCUAAUGGUCUUUCCAGUAGACAAAAAUGACUUAAAAAUAAUCAAUGAAUCUCGUCAUAUCUCAGCUAGCAUUUAUACAUAUACAUUUCCAUAGCAAUAAUGAUUUAGACAUAUUUUUAUACACUUAAUAUAACUCCGUCCUUUUUGAUAUUAAUUAUGUAAGCUGAAGUGCCUAUACUCUAUUGUCCAUUUUAAUCUGAAAGAAUGAUGUGUUUUAUUGUAAGAAUGAAGGUUUGUAUUGUAGAUUAGUGUAGAUUGUAAACUUACCUUAGAACGGCCACUUCUUUGCUUUUUUAUUUUUAUUUUUUUAUAUACCUAUAUUUAAAUUAGCUUUGUUUUGAUUUUAUCAAAUUGAGUAGGUACUCGUAUGUAUAACAUUUAAAAUUCUAUACUAUUACUUUGUGUGCUUUCCUAUAAAGAACUUGUUCCUUAGAUGAUAAUUAUUUUAAAAAGUUAAACGUUAGUAUACUAACCAGUGGCAACUACUAUUAUUUGCUUUAAACAUCAUAUAAUGGGUCUUAAAUAUACAGGGUGUAAACCUAAU